UACCAGUAUUUGAAGAAGGGUGGAUAUCAGUCAGUUUACACUCCUAAACUAGCAAUGAAACAGUUUCUGAUUGGAGCACUAGUUUUAGCAGUUACCGUUGUUGUCAGAUGUGGUGAAGCUGCAGAGAAGAAGAAUAAAAGAGGCAUUUUAUCACCUGAUAUCGGGAGCGGUUACGGAAGUAAUCAUGGGAGUGGUGUAGGACUAGAGCUUGAUGGUGAUCAUAGUAUAGGCAGUUUUGGUGCAAAUGGAGGUUAUGGUGGUAUUGGAAGCGGAGUUGGUGGAGAUAUAGGCAGCGGCUUUAGUGGAGGGGUAGGCGGUGGUGCUACUGUUACCACCAUUAAUAGAGCUGUUCCAGUUUCUGUUCCACAGCCCUACCCAGUAACCGUUAACAGGCCAGUCCCUGUUCCAGUGCCACAACCUUAUGAAGUUCCCGUACCUAGACCCAUUCAAGUACCCGUACCCGUUGCUCAACCUGUUGAAGUUCCUAGACCAUAUCCAGUUGUCGUCAAUCGUCCAGUACCUGUUGCUGUUCCUACACCAGUACGUGUACCAGUGCCACAACCUGUCAGUGUCCCAGUACCCCAACCUUACCCAGUUACAAUCCCGCAACCUGUUCCAGUUAGAGUACCUCAAACCAUCGUAGUUCCAGUUGCUCAACCUAUUGUUGUUGGAGGUGGUAGUGGUGGAAUUGGUAGAGGAUUUGAGCAAGAUAUCGGGCAAGGAAGUAGUACUGGGUCUUUUGGAAAUAAAUUUGGAGGAUUCAGUCUUUUAGGUGGACACGGGGGUAACCUAGGUAAUUAUGGUAAAUCCUUCGACAACGGCUUUGGACAAGUUUCUUCUAAUGUUAUUGGAAAAUCAAUUUCUUUUGGAUCUGUAGGACACAAAGGUGGUGCUACCAGUUAUUCUAGUAUUUCUCAUGGAUACUCCAAAUAUUAGAAAAGUAAGGCACCGGAAAAUUUACCAUUCAAAUUAUAAAAGGAGUUGAUAUUUGACUAAUAUUGUUAUAAAAUAUUUUUAUUGUUGUAGUUUUAUGUAUAUAUUAUUGUAUUACUAAAGUUAUUUCUAUAAAGAUGUAAAAUAUUUGACA